AUGAACGGAGAGCCUGCAGAGAAGCCUGUCGGGGUGUGUGGUUGGGGGCAGUGGAUGGUGCACGCGCUGGAGCCGAGGGCAGGCGAUGAGAUGGUGGUGGUGACCGAGCGACCAGCCCAGGAGAGCCCAGGAUUGGUCGAGAGGCCCCGGAAAUGCACCGGCCCUGUGAUCUGGCUGCUGCUGCUCCUGCUUCCAAGGACUGUCCCAGGCGAGGGCCGCAGACUGGUUCCAGGGGCCAAGCGAACCCGAGGUGGGAGAGGGGCAAUUGGCAGAAUUGAGUUCGAGAGCAAGCAGACAGCCAGCGGGGCACCGAAUGACAGCCAAGCCAGACCAAGCGAAGCGCAGAUGUAG